AUGGGCUGGCAGCUGUCCCUUUCUUCGCAGCUGUCUCGCUACCUGAGCCAAGCUGUCGACAUGUCGGCCGAGACGACGGCGCCUCUAUCACCAUCGCGCUUCAUGGCGUCAAAGCGCUACCGAUGGACAGCCCUCGCCGCCCUCCUCACCAUCUUCUUCGUCUUCUUCCUCGUCCAGAACCAUGACUCUCUCCCUCAGAGGCUCCCGCAGGGCAUCCCGUCCACCUAUACCUACACCGGCGGCGACGUCGAUUGGUCGCGCUUCGCAUACACGCAAUACGUCACCAACAGCGAGUACCUCUGCAACUCGGUCAUGUUCUUCGAGUCGCUGCAUCGACUGUCCAGCAAAGCCGACCGGGUCAUGAUGUUUCCGUCGCGAAUGCUCAAGGGUGAAGACGACGAGUCAAGCGACGCCCGCCUGCUCAUCAAGGCUCGCGACAGCUACAACGUCAAGCUGGUUCCAAUUACCAUUCAGCACAGAGAUAAUGCGGAUUCUACUUGGGCCGAUUCCUUUACCAAGCUCCUCGCUUUCAACCAGACUCAGUACAGCCGUGUGCUCUCGAUCGAUUCCGACUCUAUGCUCCUUCAACCAAUGGAUGAGCUAUUCCUCCUACCUUCAGUCCCAGUAGCCAUGCCCCGGGCUUACUGGCUGUGGCCCGACAAGGAGAUCCUUUCAUCCCAAGUCGUCCUCAUCGAGCCCUCCGACGUCGAGUUCAAGCGCAUCCAAGACAAGAUCCAAGCCGCCUCAGGCGACGACUACGACAUGGAGAUUGUCAACUACCUCUACCGCGAGAGCGCCCUCGUUCUACCCCACCGCCGCUAUGAUCUGCUUACGGGAGAAUUUCGCGGCGACAACCACUCAAAGUACCUGGGCUCCGACGUCGAGGUCUGGGAUCCUGCUGCUGCCUAUAGUGAGGCCAAGCUCGUCCACUUUUCCGACUGGCCACUGCCAAAGCCUUGGCUUCCAACGCCGGAAGACGUUCGCAUCAAGAUACAGCCCGACUGCAAAAACACGACCGAGGGCAUUGAGGACUGUACCGCGAGGAUAAUAUGGAAUUCCUUCUACACUGAUUUUAAAACGAAGCGAGAGGAAGUCUGCGGUGAGGAUAAGCUGUAG